AUGAACGUGGAGCUCGGCAUUGAGUCGAUUUUAAGAAACUGCCCCAACCUAGAAGAGCUGUCACUUCGAUCGGCUAUAGUUGACUUGCGACUCAGUUUUACUGGUGACCAAGUUAAUCAUUAUCGAAGUGCCCUUGGCCUCAACUGGAAGGAUGCGACCAGUGUUGCUACCGAGCUUCAAGACUCGCACAGCCCGUUUAGCAUGUGCGUCCGCCGAUUGCGGCUGCAUUUGGAUGCCGUGCGGAAUACGAGAGGAGAACUCGACGAAGAUCGGAUCAACACAAUUUUAGCCAAGCUGCUGUUGGUACUGGAAGCGAAUCAGAGUCUGGAGCAUCUCGAUGUCAUUGCACCUACUCAAUACCAUCAUGAAUUCUUCGAGAAGUUCCGAGCGCACCACCUUACACCAAUUAGAAAGACCAUGCCGCUGUCACUGAAGUCAAAGAUCGCAUUUUUGAGCAUUAUAUCGUGCUCACGGGCGCAAACGGGAGAUGAACGUGCUUUAGAACCUGAAAUCAGCUGCUUCGCGCUAGAUCAGCAUUUUGUGCGAAAGAUAUUCAAGUUUGCCGCUCCCCCAAUUCUCCGUGGAGUUUACUUCCAUGCGUUGGUUUGGGGGGACAAGUAUGACGUACCUCUGUAA